AGUGUCACUCGGUUGGAUAAGGCAAUAUUUUGAUACCGUCUUUCGCCCUCCCAUUUUUCAUAAAUUAGUUCUCUAAAAUACACCAAACACCAUCUCUCAAAACCUCAAAGGAUGUUGCUAAUUUGUCCAGCAUCCCCCUCACUAUUCCCAAACCCACUUCACAAUUUCAAUGCCAAACACAAAACAACCAGAUUCCAACCCCCAGUGAAAAUCUCAGCCAAGGCAAAACAAACCAGCGACGACAGCACCACCAGCCUUGCGGAGAUAGCAGCCAUCGCUGGAGGCUUGGUUUCCACCCCAGUGAUUGGCUGGUCCCUCUACACUCUCAAAACAACCGGGUGCGGCCUGCCACCCGGACCGGGAGGUUCAAUCGGUGCACUCGAAGGGGUUAGCUAUUUGGCCGUCCUGGGAAUUGUGGGUUGGUCCUUGUACACCAAAACCAAAACCGGGUCCGGUCUACCCAACGGACCGUUUGGACCGUUGGGUGCUGUUGAAGGUCUGUCUUACUUGUCAUUGCUCUCCAUUUUGGUGGUGUUUGGGUUGCAGUUUUUUCAGAAUGGCUCCAUUCCUGGUCCUCUUCCAAGUGAUCAGUGCUUUGGUUAAUGUGGGAUUAUUGGCCACUACAAUCCUAUCUCGUGCUUGUGGACAUGGUUGGUCCUCCAAUUUGUCAUGCUUUUCCAUUACUAGGAUAAUGUAUAGGGUAUCUGUCUAAAAGAAAUGCCAUUACAAUGUUUUUUUUUUCCGACUUUU